AUGGCCAAGAUCGCCCUGCAGCUCCACGGCCACGAAGCUUCCUCCAAGGCCAUGGACGACCUUAAUGCGGCGAAAGCCAAUAUGGAGCUGAAGAAGAUUGAUGACUCCCAUUCUGAGGAGUGCUGGGUGGAUGGGAUGAAGGACAUCACACGUGCCUACUUCAACUACGUCUCCAAGGAG